AUGGAUCCAAUUCCAUGGGACCAGGUCAAGGCUGGGGAUCUGGAUGCCCUGCGGGUCGCCCUCUUCUCGAGUUCGACCUCGCGCAGGCUCCGGGCCCUGCAAGAACUUCGCGACAGGAGCGGGACCGAACUAUCUCCGGAAUCCCAGUAUGACAUCCUAGCGCUACUCUUCCAGACCUAUCCUCUCUAUAUCGACCGAACAUCACGACAGGCCGUCCAACAAUGUCUCCGCUCCCUCCUCCGAACCCCGAACGCGGUGGAACACCUCAAAUAUCUCACUGAGAAACUCAAGAUAGAGGCUGCCAAGCCAGGUCUGGCCUCGACAUCCGGCCUUGUCUUGCUGGAGUGGUGCUGCAUUCUCUUGCAGCAGGUUAGCGAGGACUCGGCCACACCAUUGGCAAUUGUGCUGGACCUGAUUGCGGUAAAUGCCAAGGCUCUAGAGAACUGCUUCGCCCACACCCCCAAGGUCUCAGUAAGUGAAUCGGCUCUCCGGGUUACAAGACGUGCCCUGCGUGCGGCCUUCUCAUGCCAGACAUGGGGUGAGGACGCUGUGCGCCAGUCAGUCAGCUGUUUGACUACCGACGCGGCGACCGGCAAUAAGAAUGCGCUGCUCCUGGGUGUCAUUUCUGGAGUGUGUGCACGACUUCCUGCCCGAAAGCCCACCCUUGAGGAAUCCAAGAAAGCCAUCCUGGCCUACUACGUCAAGGAGAUCGUGAGCUCUAAGUCUGUAGUGCCUGCUCAUGUGGCCAAUGGAUUGUCGGAUUUCUUCACUUCAUUUGUCACAGCAGAGGAUGUGACUACCGAAUUGGUGCCACCGAUGGAGAAGUCUAUGCUCAGAGCACCGGAGGUUAUCCUGAAUGGCGUUAUCCCACCACUCUGUGCCUCGUUGCCAGAGGAUAUUGACCUCUCCGAGGUGGUCCAGUCUCGCCUUUCGAAGCACCUCCUCUCUAGCAUGAAGUCAAACAAUGCGACAAUCCGACAAGGGGCUGCUGACUCUUUCAGGUCAUUGCUCACGCGGUGUAAAACGGAUGCACUGGUCCUGAAGAUCACAAGUGAGAUCGUCGGUCCCUUGAAAACACAGAAAAUCACUGCCCCCGAGCAUCGCGUCGCCUACGCUCAAGUGAUUUCUUCCAUUCCGUCGUCCGCGGAUGUCUCAAAAGAGAUUGUCCAGGGAUUCGGCCCCGUCUUUACACGGGAGUCCAAUGAAGCUGCCUUGGAGGAGGAGCUGAAAUCUUUUGGCAAGCACCUUGCUUUCCUUAUCAGGUCGUCCCUUAAGGUCAGCGAUGAUGUUGUUAACGUGAUCGUUAAGGGUAUUUCCGACAAACGUGUGCCAUUCCGAAAGAUCUGGCAACUCAACGUGGCAGAGGUGCUCUGGAAAUCCGAUAUUGCUUCUCUGAAGACUGCCGAGAUCGAGCCAUUCGUCACCAAGUUCCUUGCAAAGAUGAAGGACAUGUUUGCAGAGGUCGCUUCGAACCCGCUUCCUUCGGCUCAAAGCGGCGCUUUGUCUUCUGCAUACAUUUUCCUGGCCUUGUUCCAACGAGUUUCGGAUAUCCAAGGGUCGGAAAAAUCUACCUGGGAAGAGAAGGUCUCACAAGCCAUGACCAUGGGCGCGAAGCCCUCGUUCCUCCUCAACCCAAAGGCUUACUCGAAAGUGACAUCCUCGCUUGAGACUCAGUGGCUGGUCCGGGCCCUGGCUGCCGUAACCUCCGGAUCUAAGUAUACGGAAGCUGAGGAUGCAGCUAAGACCGCUUGGGCUCAAUCCUUUAUUUAUGCUAUUACUGGACCAUUAAUGGCCACAAGCCUCCGAGAAAAUGCCGUUGAAUCCUUGUCAGCGGUUUAUCUCAAGGAUGCGGCAUCUAUCGGCCGUGUUCUUAUCAACGCCCUCUGGUCUUGGCUCUAUUCCUUCCGAACAGCCGAGAAAGACUCAGCUGCUGUGUCGGCUGGACCUAAUGGUGAGCGUCUGCUUCAUCUGGUCUUGAAGGCUCUGUGCCCUUCAUCCAAGGCCAGAGAAGCAUUUGGCAUUGCUUCUUCAGAUAUCGAAACUCAGCUCAUCAAUAUGAUUGUUCUCAGCCGGCCAGAGAUGAUCCCGAACUGCUCAUGGAUUGACCUGUGCUUGAGGGCGGGUGCCGACCCAGGAAAUCUGGUUCGUGCUCACCCCGCCGAAUGUAUCGAGCAAUUGGUCCGUGUCAAUACAGACCCUGUGCAGUCGAUCGUACCUGAAGUCAACUCCGCAGUCUGGAGCGCAGCAGGUGACCUUGCGUUCGUGGCUCCCGAUGUCAUGAUUCCCCGCCUCGUUGAUCAGAUUAAGAAGGACCUGGAUGGUGCUCGACUUUCCAAGUUUACUGCGACUGAUGCUGCCAUUUCUCGUACCCCCGAGGGGACUGCGUUUAUCGACGUGUUGAGCAGCAAGUCCAAGCAGCCUGCUUUUGACAAGAACACCAAGGACUACGACACUCUGAAGUGGGAGGAGGAGCUAAGAGCUCAACUGGCCGAGAAGAAGGGCCAAAAGCAAAAGAAACUUUCUGCUGAGGAACAGUCCAAGGUCAAUGCCCAACUUGCCAAGGAAGCUAGGAUUCGUGAGGAGGUUCUGCAGGAAGUUAAACGAAUUGAACGAGGAGCUGGCCUGGUUCGGGGUCUUGCCGCUGGCCCCGCCAACGAUGCUGAAGGAUGGAUUAACGAGGCUGUUAGCUGCUUGCUCUCCCUUGCUCGGGCCGGCGCGGGACUUUUUGUUGGCGAUGCUGUAUCCAAGGCGUACAUUGCCUGCUCUAACAAGUUAUCUUCCCGCCUGGGCAACACCCGGACGUUCGUGGGCGUUGCAACACUACGUGCUAUUGGCAGAACCAACCUGCCAGCGGAGAUGGAAUCCGAGCACCUUGGUCAACUCGUGACAAGAAUUCUGUACCGACUGCGCUUUGCUUCCGAGCAGCGGCCCCUGGAUACCCCGUCUCUUUCUUACAUUCUGCCCUUGAUCUUCCUGAUCCUGAGACAAAACGGAAUCGAGGAGGUCAAGGGCGAUCAGGAAGGUGAGCAGGUAUUGCUUGCUAUUGAGUUCCUGUCGUUCCACACCAGCUCUUUCACAGACGCCCGCCUUCCUCGCGUUGAAGUCCUUCGCCAGCUUCUUUCCGGUAUGCAGAGAUAUACUCAGCAUUACAAGCUGAUCAAGGAUACCCUAUUCGAUUUCUGCCGAUGCAUUUCCCCCAACAUCACCAGCGAGGAGCUCGAGACCCUUCUGCAAGGCACCAUUGUUCCCGAUUCUUCCGUUCGGACUUCUGUGCUCCAAGUCAUCGAUGCUGAAAUCGAUCUCACGGACCUUGACUUCUCGGAACACAUCUGGCUGGGCUGCCACGACCAAGUUGAGGAGAAUGCAGAGCUUGCCGAGGGCAUCUGGGAAGAGAACGCCUUAGAAGUGGACGACACCGCCUUCUCCAAGAUCAUGAAGUACUUGGACUCCGAGGACAGCCAGCUCCGCGGAGCUGCUGCUCGUGCACUGGCCCAUGCCAUUGAACACGACAGGAGCAAAUUUGUUGGAAUCCUGUCUGAGCUUCAGGCUAAAUACGCGGAAGAGGUCAAGCCCAAGGCGCCCGAAAAGGAUGCUUACGGCAUGCCGAAGAAGAUGGACAACACAGACAACUGGGUGAGCCGAAGUGGUAUCGCGCUGGCUUUCAACGCCAUGACAAACCUUUUUGAGGGCGACCAGAUCAUCAGCUUCUUGCAAUUCCUGAUUGAGCGCGGUCCUCUCAUCGAUAAGAACUCUUCCGUGCGUAGCCAAAUGGCGGAGAGUGGUAAAUCUGUGAUUGCCCAGCGGGGACAGCAAAAGGUCGAGGAACUUAUGAAGCUUCUUGAGACCACUCUAGAGACGUCGGACAAGGCGACCCAGAGCUCCGACCUGUUGAACGAGGCAGUUGUCGUGCUUUAUGGAUCGCUGGCCCGCCACUUGAAGGCCAAUGAUCCUCGCUUGCAGACAGUUGUCAAGAAGCUUCUUGCAACUCUGCCUACUCCCUCCGAGACUGUUCAAUCCGCUGUGUCCGAGUGCUUGCCGCCAUUGAUCAGGUUGUUAGGCCCCAAGACUGCAGAUUAUGUGCAAGAAAUGCUCGACUCGCUGCUGAAUGUCAAAAACUACGCUACUCAGCGUGGUGCCGCCUAUGGUCUGGCUGGUAUCGUCAGCGGUAAGGGUAUCUCGACGCUACGUGAAUUCCGCAUCAUGAGCGUGCUCAAGGAGGCUACCGAGAACAAAAGGGAGCAGCAUCAGCGUCAGGGCGCUUUGCUGGCUUAUGAGCUGUUUGCCUUUGUACUUGGGCGCACUUUCGAGCCCUAUGCCAUUCAGAUUGUUCCUCAAUUGCUUGGUGGCUUCGGUGAUCCCAGCAUUGAUGUUCGUGAUGCAUGCCUGGAUGCAUCCAAGGCCUGCUUCCAAAAUCUUAGCUCGUAUGGUGUCAAGAAGAUCCUCCCCACACUGCUUGAUGGCUUGGACGAUACACAAUGGCGCAGUCAGAAGGGAGCUUGCGAUCUUCUGGGUGCCAUGGCCUACCUUGACCCGCAACAACUUGCUGCCAGUCUGCCCGAUAUUAUUCCCCCUCUCACUAUUGUCCUCAAUGAUACCCACAAGGAAGUACGCAAUGCUGCCAAUCGCAGUCUUCAGCGAUUCGGAGAGGUCAUCAGCAACCCUGAAGUCAAGAGCCUUGUUAAUGUGCUUCUGAAGGCCCUCAGCGAUCCGACUAAGUACACAGAUGAAGCUCUGGAUUCUCUCAUCAAGGUAUCCUUCGUGCACUAUCUGGAUGCCCCCUCGCUGGCCCUGGUUGUGCGUAUCCUUGAGCGUGGUCUUGGCGACCGCUCCGCCACCAAGCGGAAAUCGGCACAGAUCAUCGGCAGCUUGGCCCAUCUCACUGAGCGGAAGGACCUCAUCGCGCACUUGCCGAUCAUCGUCGCUGGUCUCAACCUGGCGAUCGUUGACCCUGUCCCGACUACACGAGCCACCGCUUCCAAGGCUCUGGGCUCGCUUAUCGAGAAGCUUGGAGAGGAUGCUCUGCCCGACCUUAUUCCCAACCUCAUGUCAACACUCAAGUCGGACACCGGCGCUGGCGACCGACUGGGAUCUGCUCAGGCUCUAUCAGAGGUGCUUGCGGGUCUGGGUACUACGAGACUCGAGGAGACUCUGCCUACCAUCCUUCAGAACGUGUCUAGCUCCAAGGCUGCUGUUCGUGAGGGCUUCAUGACUCUCUUCAUCUUCUUGCCGGCUUGCUUUGGUAACAGCUUCGCCAACUACCUCAGCAAGAUCAUCCCUCCCAUUCUUGCUGGUCUUGCUGAUGACAUCGAGUCGAUCCGUGAGACCUCCCUCCGCGCUGGUCGCCUGCUUGUCAAGAACUUUGCUACAAAGGCUAUCGAUCUGCUGCUUCCAGAACUGGAGCGUGGUUUGGCCGACGACAGCUACCGCAUCCGUCUCAGCUCCGUCGAGCUUGUCGGAGACCUCCUGUUCAGUCUUACUGGUAUCACUGGUAAAUCAGAGGCCGAGGAAGAAGAAGAGGAGGCGACCCAGGCCGGUCAGUCCCUGCUCGAGGUGCUGGGAGAAGAGCGGAGAAACAAGGUUCUUUCAGCCCUGUUCAUUUGCCGCUGCGAUACCUCGGGUGCGGUCAAGAGUGCCGCCAUGGGUGUGUGGAAGGCUCUUGUUGCCUCGCCGAAGACCCUCAAGGAAAUGGUGCCUACUCUGUCCCAUCUCAUCAUUCGUCGUCUUGGAUCGUCCAAUAUGGAGCAGAAGGUCAUUGCCUCCAACGCUCUCGGCGAUCUUAUCAAGAAGGCCGGAGAAUCGGUGCUGUCCACCUUGUUACCCUUGCUUGAGGAGGGUCUCCAGAGCUCCCCCGAUGUCGACGUCAAGCAGGGUAUCUGUAUUGCUCUGCGCGAGCUUAUUACUGCUGCCACCCCUGAGGCUCUUGAGGAUUACGAGAAGAUUCUCAUUUCUACCGUUCGCGUAGCUCUGGUUGAUAACGAUGAAGAUGUGCGAGAGGCCGCUGCUGAGGCCUUCGAUGCCCUGCAGCAGAUUCUGGGCAAGAAGGUCGUUGACCAGGUGCUGCCUCACCUGCUCCACCUUCUGAGGAAUGACGAUGAGGCUGAGCAGGCCUUGUCUGCUCUGUUGACCCUUCUCACCGAGCAGACCCGUGCCAACAUCAUUCUUCCCAACCUCAUCCCUACGUUGCUCACGCCUCCUAUCUCGGCUUUCAACGCCAGGGCCUUGGCUUCCUUGGCCGAGGUUGCUGGUUCCUCCAUGACGCGGAGACUGCCCAACAUCAUCAACGCUCUCAUGGACGGCAUCAUCGAGACCAGCGACGAGGAGCUCCGAUUGGAGCUCGAGGCGGCUCUCGAUACUGUGUUGAUAUCUGUGGAUGAAUACGAUGGUCUGAACGCUGCUAUGAACGUGAUGAUGACUCUUGUCAAACACGACGAUCAUCGCCGCCGCAGCAAGGCCGCCCUUCACCUCAACAAGUUCUUCUCGGAUGCCGAUGUCGACUUCUCACGUUACCAUCAAGACUUGAUUCGCAUCUUGCUGAUUUCGUUCGAUGACCGGGACAAGAAUGUUGUCAAGGCCGCCUGGACUGCACUCAGCGGACUUACAUCCCAUCUGCGCAAGGAGGAGAUGGAGGUGUUGUCUAUUCCUACUCGCCAGAUCCUGCGCCAGGUCGGUGUUGCUGGCGCGGAUCUGCCUGGAUUCAGUCUGCCCAAGGGAAUCAUGGCCAUCUUGCCGAUCUUCUUGCAGGGUCUGCUCAAUGGAACUGCCGAGCAGCGCACUCAGUCAGCUCUCGCCAUCGGCGAUGUCAUCGAUAGAACUGGCUCGGAUUCGCUCAAGCCUUUUGUCACGCAGAUCACUGGUCCUUUGAUUCGUGUAGUGUCAGAGCGUUCGGUUGAUAUCAAGUGUGCCAUUUUCUUCACGCUUAACAAGCUGCUGGAGAAGAUCCCGCUGGCUGUCAAGCCAUUCCUUCCCCAACUUCAGCGCACCUUUGCCCGUGGUUUGGCUGACACUUCUAGCGAGACCCUGCGUAACCGUGCUGCCAAGGGUCUUGGUGUUCUGAUUACUUUGACUCCCAGAGUCGAUCCACUUAUUGCCGAACUCAUCACAGGAUCGAAGACCACCGACAUCGGUGUCAAGAAUGCUAUGAUGAAAGCUCUCCAGGAGGUCGUUGGCAAGGCUGGUGCUAACAUGAGCGAGGCAUCCCGCACUGCCAUCCUCAGCUUGAUUGACGAUGAUAGCAGCGAUGAGACCGAUGCCGUCGCCAUUACCAAUGCUCGACUGCUUGGUGUUCUCGUGAGGGUCCUGCCCGCCACUUCUGCGGUCCCUCUGAUUAAGAACCGCAUUCUUACCGGACACUUUUCGCACGCAUCUGUUCUUGGCCUCAAUUCUCUUCUCGCGCAAUCUUCUGCCACUCUGAUGGAGAACUUUGCUGCCGAGACCCCGGCCGCCAUCUGCCAAGGUAUUACGCACAAGGAUCCCUUCAUUUCCGACAACAGUGUGCUUGCCGCUGGCAAGUACCUUCUGUCCAAUGACGGCGACCACAGCUUCGAGACACACAAGACCAUCUUCGAGGCCCUGGCCGCUGUCAUCCAGCCCGGAGCUCCGGUCGAUACCCGCCGCUUGACACUCGUUGUCAUUCGUACCGUCAGCCGCCUGCAUCCCGAGCUGACCCGUCCUCACCUGGCUCUCCUCGCGCCACCGAUUUUCGCCGGUGUUCGCGAUCUGGUGAUUCCCGUGAAGCUGGCCUCCGAAGCCGCUUUCCUGUCCAUUUUCUCGGUCGUGGACUCAGACAGCGAGGUUUUCGACAAGUAUAUGGCUGGCCCCGGUGCCUCGCUGCCUCCUGGACCCAAGCGGAGCAUGUCUGACUACUUCAAGCGCGUUGCCAUGCGUCUUGCGAAUCAGGCCCGUGAACGCCGGACUGCCGAGGGCGGUGAAGGUGGAUUGGGCUUGUCGAAUGACGAGGUUGAUGAUGAGAAGGAAGUGUGGAGUAUUGGCAAGGUGGAUCUGGGUGAUGACUCGUUUGGCGAUGACUGA